ACCGUCGCCGUUGCGACGUCAGCGUAGCUCGGCUGGUUCGCCAAUCUUUGCCGGACCUGGGCCGUGAGAGCCGCCAAUUCCGCGCUCUGCCGCUCAAUCUCUGCCCGCAGUUCGCGGCGGAACACCUCGUGAUUUGGCGGCACCUCCUUCCUCUGGGCUGGAAGCCUCGCCACCAGCUGCGGGUCUGCCGGUCUCACCGUUACCGGCGAGGAGUGGGAGGACUGUUUCUUCGUUGCUGCGCAGCGAGAGACGAGGUCCCGGGUCUUGGUGUCACGUCCCAUCGGAACGAGAGGUCGGGGAUCGAGCAGGCAGUCCGGUGCAGCAGCGGUUGUUGGGGCGUCGGGCGAAGAGAGCAGAUGAGCGGACAGGCAGGAGUCGGUACACGGGGAAACAAUCAACGCAGGCAAAAGGAUCAAGGAGUCAGGCUUGAAAGAAAUCCCAAAGAUCUUACGUGUACUGAUGUUCAUCCAGCGAAAUCUGGUGGAAAAAAGGGAUACAUGCAUGGAAUAAAAGGCCAGAUAUCCCAGAUCCCUGGACUGUCCCCAACUGUCCACAGAGUCAGUGAUGUGAAGAACAUUGGGAAAAGAGUUGGACUUCUUGACAGUGAUUCCGACUAUGUCAAGCUAGCAAAACAAGGGGGCCACAAGGGGCUUCUGUAUUUUGAUGACACAGUCGCAUCCAAGCCCAACUCAUAUGACUCUCCAGACGUGUUGUUGAAUGGCCCUGUAGAAGCUCCUGGCAACCAAAGUGUCCUAUGCACCAAAGAGAGGAAAACUCCGAGAGCUUCUGCACAACGAUCAAUGCCUCCUUUUUGGACGGACAAUAUGUCUGCAUGGGAAAGGGAUGAUAAUGGCAGCCAACGCAAAGAGAUGAAAAAGGUUCCUGAAAAACAGUUGGUGGAAUGGCAGACGCCCAGUCCAAAUAAGGGAGGGAGCAAAUUCAGGAGGACACAGAUCACGUCCGCGUGGGAGAUCAAAUCUUUCUCAAAGUGCUGAGAUGACAUCGCUGGGACCGUGAAAGCUGGGACGGCCCCCACCUGGUGAUUGCAGUGAUACCUACGGCUGCAAAGGUCCAGGGACGUGACGGCUGGAUCCACCAGUCGGAGUGCAAGCUCCUCCGAUUCCCUGUUGACGGGCCUAGCGACGCCAGUCCCUCAGGGUAGGAUCUCCAUGACGUACACACCAGUGUACCGACGAAAGACCACAGUUGGAGAGAGGGUUUUCCGUGGCAAACACACCCCUCUCGGGAAGAUGGAGCAGACCCCCGGCCAGACGCUGACCGCAGUCCUGUCAACCCAAUAUGCUGUUUACUUUUUUGCAGGGCUGUGCCUGAUGGCAGGUGGUGCGCAACCUCGCAGCAAGGAAAGCACCAACACGGAACAGUUGCCCAGCCGUAGACUGUUGUCUACGUCCAUCCUGGGAAACCUACGGCUGCUGAUGGACAGAACGCGGACAAUAAUUAAUGUAACUUCCCUUUCUCAAGAACUUUCCAUCACCAUCCCGCUGGACCAAUUGCAGUCCCGCCAGACAAGGUUUAGCAAGAUCGCAGCGGUUCCCAACUAUUCGGGUGCAGGUUUAGAAGACCAAUAUACUGAAGUAACUAAAAUAAGUCAGUGGCAAGAUUAUUGGUUUUAUCUAAUGAGUGCCCAUGAUGCAAAUGAUAAAAAAAUGGUUGUCCUGGUCGAAUUAUAUCACUUCUGUUGAUGGUGAUUAUUGGUCAAAUCCACAUAGGAAUCAGGGAGCGUCAAACUGGCACGGCAAAAUAUCUAUCAAAGUAACAAAGUCUGAUGUACCCACCAUAACAUUUGUAUUACAGCCAAUGUCGUCCCUACCAAAUAAAGACAGAGAGAAUUGUACUAAGCCCACACUAUGGGCAUGGUACGGAGAAGGGGGCCAUGUCC